UGUGAAUACAGAACAUCAACAAACUUUAAUAAAUAUUUAACAUUCUAUUUAAUCUCUCUAACCUGUCCAAUCUUUUUUACGGAGUCGUGAAAGGUUUAAAAAUAACGUUAAUGAUUUUGGGAGUGGCAAAUCAAGUCUUCCAUAUUGAUUCAUGGAGGGAAAAGCAACUACAUUUUCAUUUACUUUCGUCGUCCACUUUUUCACCAUCUUUUCUAGCUUAAAAUACUGAAUUAAGUCUAGUCAGUGUGAAGUUUACUUAAAAAAUUAAUUUAAUAAGCGUAAACAGCAAAGACAAAUCGCCCAAACAAAUUCAUGGCUGCCACCCCUCCAUAGUUGCCCCUACUAAGAGCAUAGUAACCCUGUUGUUUGGAGUAAGUCAACGCUUCAAGUGUCAUAAUCUCACUCAGCUGACUGCUCGUUCGAAUUAAUUAUGAAAAAGUAAAUUUUUUCUAAACUCAUUUGGACACACUUUUAUUUUUUUAUUUGUCAUGCUCUUAAGCAGCAAGUUAAAUAUUUUUAUAUGACUUUGUUUUCUUUUAUAAAUACACAUAUUUUUUAACAUACACUCAUCCGCCUUUUACUCCCCCACUUUUCGCUCUCCUUUGCUAUGGUUUUUGCAUAGACACCCGCUGUGUCCACAGCUCAGUUGACUGGACGUUGUUAUGAUGAGAUUUUCUACUUCAACCGUGAAGGAAGUGAACUUUUAUCCGGCUCCGAAUAUUUUUGUGGCAGUGGCAGCAUGGAGAGGAAAAGUUUUCUCAACCGUGCUGUGAUUUCGUAUAUAUCCACGCGUUCGCCGAUAAGGCAAGUUGGCGCUGGGCUGAAAGAUGCCACAAAAGUUGGCGUGCAAGGGGGCGCAACCACAACAAAUACAACAACGGCGGGAGCUGCAGCACUGAACGGCACACCACUGAAGCCGAGUGUAUUUGAUAACAGUAAUAAUAAAAACUUUCAUAACAUGGCCGUUACUCAUUACUCCACCACCACAACUCCCCAUCCAUAUUUCGCAGCGACGUCAACACAUAUUGGCAUGAGCAAUGUGUUUGCCUAUUUAGCCACAAUACUGUCCAACAGCAUCGAGACAAGCGUUUUAAUAGCGCCACCUCCUCCAAAAGCACACAAAAAUGUGAAAAACAAAAGCCAUCGCCGCAAAGUGACACAACCAACGCGGCGUAUUUCUUCGGCAGCAGCCAGCACAGAUUUGCUAUUGUUUUCUUUGGAUCCAUUGCACGCAUGCAACGGACGAAAUGGCUCGGCGGAGCUAUCGAAUGCUGCUCACAUCAACCUUCAACCGAUAAGUAAUACUAGCAAAUCGUUGGACCAACGCGAUUUUCGAAUUUUAACGUAUACGUCGAACUAUGACGGAUACCCAGGUGGCGCGGGUGAUGGUCGCUUCUCUUGUUUAGUCGAGGCUGUUGAGGCACAUUGCGAUUGUGGCUGGAGCACGCACUCACUGAAAGUGGUGAAUCCGUCGUCCAGUGUGGCUGGCGUUAAUGAGUUCCCCUCCAUGGCAGGUGUGUUGACGAUGAAGUAUGGGAAGGUUUUCUGCGGUGCAGUGACAAUUCACCACCGCUUUUUGCUGUCCGCGGCGCAUUGUUUCAUAUCUGCUGCCACAAAUCGCUCGGAGCUGAUUCAGGUGGUUGUUGGCGAACACGAUCUCUCAACUGCGCUCGAGUCGGUCUACACCCGCUACUACAACAUCGACACGAUAAUUUUGCAUGAAAACUUUCGCGCAACUGCCAACCAGCUUCGCAACGAUAUUGCUCUAUUGCACACAUCCGAAACGAUCGAGUGGAAUGGUGGUGUGGCCCCUGCUUGUCUACCUUUUCGAUCGAUUACCGGCACAGAUGGUGGCCGUAAGCCGCCUAUAGCGGGUCAACGUGUAGAGACUGCUGGGUGGGGCAGUAUUUCUUUUGGUGGCCCGCAGUCCACGUUAUUGCUGACCACGCACUUGGAUGUGGUUGGCGCUGAGGAAUGCCGUACUGCGUUGGGCGCCGUACCGCCAGCAACCUUUUGCACGUUCACACCGGGACGCGACACUUGUCAGUAUGACUCGGGUGGUGGAUUAUAUAUGCGCGAAGGAGGACGCUUGUUUGUUGUGGGCAUUGUUAGUUAUGGAUACGGCUGUGCUGCGCGGCAUCCUUCAGUCAAUACGAAGGUGGCUUCGUACAUACGGUGGAUUAAGAGUCAAACUUCACAAGUGACAUAUUGUAUAAAGUAGAGAGCGACUUUGCGAUUAAUAAGUUUAUUUUUGAAACUGUAGUUACCUAGCAAAAAUUAA